AAGCUUCAAUCUUUAUACAAGGUUUAAAGAAGUGCAAUGUCUUCGUUAAGUUAGAACACAUGAAUCAUUUAACUUCAUUAACGAAUGUCAUAAUCUGAAGAAUCGUGAACAAAUUAAAUCCAGUCAAAACCCUUUGCCCGAUUGUUUUCACCCUUCGAACCUAGGUCAGAUUGAUCAAUGAUGCAGUUAAUUACUCAUCUCAUACUUUGUAUCAUGAAUUAUACAGCUCGGCAAUAUCUCCAAAGGAUACAUUUGCAAUCAUCAUCUUCCACCUAUAAACAAUGACAAAUGGUAAGACAACCUAUGACUCCAUUGCUCAACCAAUUUUCAAAAUAUCCAACCGUUGGAAAUUGGAACUCCCAAAUAAGAGAAGCUAUCAACGAAGGCUACACCUACAAAGCCCUUGUACUCUUUCGCAAUAUGAAACAAGAGGGCUCAACCCCGGAUAAUAUGACCUUUCCCUUUAUCGCAAAAGCUUGUGCUAAGAUUUCAGACCUUAAAUCAUCCCAAAUCAUUCAUACCCAGAUUAUAAAAUCACCCUUUUGGUCAGAUAUCUUUGUUGGUACAGCAGUUGUUAAUAUGUAUGUUAAAUGUAGCGAAUUGGAGCUUGCACACAAGGUGUUCGAGAAAAUGCCUCUGAGAGAUGUGACUUUGUGGAAUUCAAUGCUUUUGGGUUUUGCUCACUUAGGUUCUGUGGAUAGAUUUUUCGUGCUUUUCCAGGAAAUGAGACUGCAGGGGUUUGUCCCUGACUUUAUCACUAUCAUAGGGUUGACUCAAUCUGUUAUUGAAUUGAAGGAUGUUAAUCUGGUUAGAGGUGUUCAUGGGUUCGGAAUUCGUGUUGGGAUGUUGAAUGAUGUUUCUCUGGCAAAUACUUUGAUUUCUGGUUAUAGUAAAUGUUGGGACUUGGUUUCUGCGGAGGGUAUUUUCGAUAGAAUAUGCUCUGACUCGAGGACAAUUGUUUCUUGGAAUUCUCUUAUUGCUGGACAUGCUUUGGUUGGGAAAUAUUACAAAACGUUUCUUUUAUACCGGUGCAUGUUGUGUAAUGGUAGACAUAAACCUGAUAUAAGCACAUUUCUUAGCCUGUUAUCUUCAUGUGUGCAGCAUGAGGCUUUAUCACAUGGCAAGCUCGUUCAUUCUCAUGUGAUUCAAUUAGGUUGUGGCUAUGAUGUUGCAGUGUCUAACACAUUGCUGACAAUGUACUCAAAGUGUGGCGAUAUUGAUUCAGCGUGGCACUUGUUUCAAAUCAUGACACAUAAAACAUGUAUCUCAUGGACCGCGAUGAUAGGUGGUUUUGUAGCGAAAGGAUGUUUAGACAAAGCAUAUUCCUUAUUCUUGGAUAUGGAGAGGGCAGGUGAGAAACCUGAUGUUGUCACUCUUCUGUCUCUGUUGUCAGGAUGUGGUCAAACAGGUUCGCUUGAACUUGGUAGAUGGCUUGAUAACUAUGCCCUUUCUAAUGGGUUAAGGGAUAGUGUUAUUGUGUGCAAUGCGAUUGUUGACAUGUAUGCUAAAUGUGGAAAUGUAGAUAAAGCUAAAGAAGUAUUUUAUUCCAUGCAUUCUAAAACAGUUGUCUCUUGGACCACAAUGAUUUCGGGGCAUGCAUUGAAUGGAGAAUUCAUAGAGGCUUUGGAACUUUUCUUUAAGAUGGUUAGGCUAGGUUUGAAACCAAACCACAUAACAUUUCUUGCCAUUCUUCAAGCCUGCACUCAUGCAGGUUUCCUAGAAAAAGGAAUGGAGUUUUUUGAUCUGAUGACCAGAGUAUAUAAGUUAAAACCUGGGUUAGAGCAUUGCUCCUGCAUGGUUGAUCUUCUAGGACGUAAGGGAAAGUUCAAAGAAGCACUAGCUUUUAUUGAAAGCAUGCCUUUCCACCCUGAUGCUGCAAUAUGGGGUGCAUUGCUUGGUGCUUGUAAAAUCCACCAAAAUGUAGAGAUUGGUGAGUAUGCAGCUUGUCAUCUGUAUCGACUAGAGCCUCAAGCCGCCGCUUCCUAUGUGGAAAUGGCAAAUAUGUAUGCCUCAGCAGGAAGAUGGGAUGGUGUUUCUGAAGUUAGAGCACAAAUGAAAUGCAACAGAGUGAAAAAAAUUCCUGGGCAAAGCGUAAUUCAAGUUGAUGGAAAGAAUCACAUAUUUGGCGUGGAAGAAAGAUGUCAUCCAGCAGUUUCACAAAUAUAUCAAGUUCUAGACAUAUUGACCUUCCAAUUGAAAAAGGAUGGAGCCUCUUACCUUACUGAAGACCUUCCCGAGCAUGAAAUAAAAUUGCAAGAGAUUUGGUUAGCUUGAUUUAUCGUCAAACUUAUAGUGUUAUUGAUGAUAGAGAUUUCUCAAGUGCUCAAAGAAGCAGUUUAGAUUUUUCCUGGGAAAGCAAUAGAUAUGACGAAAUCAGUGCUUUCAGUAUUGGAUGCAAGUUCUUAAGGAUACUUUAUUAGAGCAUCUCCCGUUUGUUAAUGGUGUUCCAGAGCACCAGCCACUCAGCUAUCAUGUUGAAGAUUUGCUGGUGCAAUACUAGUAUGCUCCCUUGCUUCCCUUGUCAUAUGUAGCUGCACGCUUUUUUUCUAAUAUGUAUGAAGUAUGAACCUAACAGCAAACUAAAUUCUCAGUACUGUUGUGUUCUUUUGCAUAUGAUGCUUUGUUUCUUGGAUACGUUGCAAAUAUAAAACAUGGAGAAAUAUUCAUUUGAACA